AUUCGGGACCAGGAAUCCCCAUAGCGGGGCGAGCUGUCGUUCACCGUAACUGAGAAAUCUCUUGCGGGUUGCUUGUUUUCAGACACAGACGGGGCAAACGAUUUCCUUAAUAGGUUGCUUUAUUUUGGCUGAUUGUUUCGGCUUGCUACCCGCUUGGCCACUUUGCCUCUUUCGAACCACGUCUUUAUCUUGAUCACGCAAGCAACAUGCAAUUAGGUUCCGCUUUAGUCCCUCGCACUUGUCCUUUCAAUAGGAAUAUACCUUGCACAUUUUCCCUUUCGCCUCGGCUAGCAGCGCCGCCGGUAGUUGCAUUGCCACAACAAGUAGCUCGGAACAACGUAGUAGUGCAAGCCAAACGCACCAAGAAGUCCGGAACAUCAAGAUCAGAAGAUGCUUCUGGCAUCGACGCUGGUGGAGCGCCCUCAGGCUGGGAUGCUGCCCUGGCUAACAUCCCCACCAGAGACGAGGCAUCAUCUGCUUCUAAUGCGGACCAAUCCACGAGCACGCAGCCUCAAGUGUCAGAUUAUGCACCGGUAGAUGACGAAUCUGCCGCGUCCGCGACAACAUCUCGACAACUAGAAGAUGCAGCGGCAGCUGACCGGAGUGGAGACCAGCGCCCCGAUCCCUCGCAACCGGCUCCCAGCACCAGCAAAGGAGCUGACAGCAGUCUAGUUGGACCGCCCAAGAAGCCCCCCAGUACGCUAAUUACCCUUACGGAGUUCGCACUGCUCAUGGAAGCAAAGGAAAUUCGGGAAAAGGAGUUGAUCGCUAAGCAGGAGCGCGAAGCCCGUGAGAAAGCAGGCUUGUCGGGUCUCGCUGUCCAAGAGCCCGCACCGUUGGUGAUUGGCCGGCAGGGCUUUCAGGUGUUCGAGCUGGACGGCGGGGAUCUGGAGCUGCUGGUGGCUGAGAGCUCGGACGGCCAGCUGGCACUGGCGGACAGCUACGUGGCGACCAAGGGCAGCGGAGGAGCAGGGGGGGAGCAGAUGCAGUACGCGCGGCCCACGCUGGUGGGACCCGUGCCCUCGGCGCCUGCGCACUACCAGGUCAUACCCUGGGCGGAGCAGAUCGGCGGCGACCUGUUCAAAUUCAAGGAGUCCACCCAGAAGAUUCGGAAGGUCUACUUCAUCGGGGUGCAUCCCUCCCCCUCGGGCGGGUUCGAUGAUCCCAUCAUGGACCUGGAGGCGAUCUUCCAGUUUGACGGAAAGAGCUGCACGCUAUCUCACAACGAGGUCCGAGUAGUGGGCACGCCGCCCAUCCUGGAGCCCGUACUCCGGAUCAGACCCACGGGUCUCACGCUAGAGGAGGCCUACCUGAUGCCUGACCCCAUCGAGGUGUCCAUGGACACGGGGGUGGACCUGGCCGACAUGAGUCCCGAGGAGUGGCAGGAGCGCAUGGCGGAGCUGGACCGGCAGGCGGAGGAGCUGGACGAGCUGGAUGAGGCGCCCGACGUGCCCAGUGUGGACAACAUGUGAGGGGGAGUG